AUGGCAGGUAGAAACGCUAUAAAUAAACCAAAAAUCAAACUUCAUGCUCAGAGUCAUGCUAAAUCAUUAGGAAGAAAGAGAGCUUCACGUAGAACUACUGCUACUAGAUCGUCCACUUCUCGAUAUGCCGCCAAGGGAACUACUGCCCCAAGACCAACCGACUCCAAGGCAGUUGCUUUAUAUACUGGGAACACCCCUCAACCAACCUCAACCAUGACAACUCAGACAUUAUCCAACAAAAGAGCUAAAAAGAUUGCAAGAAAUCAAAGGUAUUUAGCUGCCAACAACCAAAAGGAAGACGAAACAACAAUGGAAGUUGACAGUACAUCAGAACAGGAAAAGCAAACAAAGUUAGAUCAAAUCAAGAAGGCACUAUGGAGUGUUAUUGAGAACCAUCAAAAGAAUGGGUAUUCUGUUGUUUCUGAUCCAGAAGGAACUACUUUAGGUAUACAGUCCUUCUAA